AUGAACAAAUUGGGCAACAUAUAUGGUGAGCAUGAGCUUCUUUCUCGAUUGUUCUUGGUGCCACUCCAUCAAGGAUAUCAUGCUUCUUGCAUGGUCAUGACUGUAUGGGCAUUGUCUACCGCCAUGAUAUGGGGACUUGUGAUCCACCAAAGGGAUUCGGAGUCGUGGGACGGUCGCGUGGAAGUUCGUUCUAGCACAUCAAACCCUCCGUGUUGCGAACCCACCGAGCUUGUUAUGAGGCAUGAAUCGAACAAAAGACGGGGUCGACGUCGUCACAGACCACACCAAGCGCACCAUACUCAUCGGCCGAACUAG